AGGCUUUACAGGGGCACACCUAUCAGCUCCUCUCUUCUUCCAACGGGAUGCAAAACUUCUCCGGAGAGGAAGGAGGGAAGCAGCUCCUCACUAUAGUCAGAUCUUACUGCCGCUCCCUUCAGCCUGUUGACUCGGUUGGUUAGUCAGACACUAGUGCGACUCUCCUCGGCCUGUUGACUAUUAGGUCUAGGUGAGUUAGGCAGGACAGAGUGAGGACCAUGGCCAACUCAGCUCUGGAGAUCAUUGGCUUGUUGCUGUCUCUCAUCGGUCUGAUCGGGACGGCUGCCAGCACGGGGAUGCCCAUGUGGCGCGUGACGGCUUUCAUCGGCGAGAACAUCAUCGUGUUCGAGACGCGCUACGAGGGUCUGUGGAUGAAUUGCUUUAGACAGGCCAACAUCAGGAUGCAGUGUAAAGUGUACGACUCCCUCCUGGCUCUGCCCCCAGACCUGCAGGCGGCCAGGGGUCUGAUGUGCUGUGCCUUGGCCCUGGCAGCGGUAGGGCUGCUCAUCUCUAUCCUGGGUUUACAGUGCACGGCCUGCAUCCGGGACAACGACCGGGCAAAACGCACGGUDCUCAUCAUCGCUGGCAGCAUGAUCCUCGGGGCCUGCGUUUGCAUCAUCAUCCCAGUCUCCUGGACGGGUCACGCUAUCAUCCGUGACUUCUACAACCCCCUGYUGAUCGACGCCCAGCGCAGGGAGCUGGGMGARGCUCUCUACAUCGGAUGGGUCUCCUCUGCCUUCCUCUUCGCCGGCGGCUGCAUGUUCUGCUGCUGUCACGUCAAAGAGGAUAAAAGGCAAGACAAGUACAUGUACUCMAGGAACAGCCCUAGCCAAUACAUGUCUUACGCCCCUCAAACACAGUACCUGCCACAGUACCAGCCCCAGCUCCAGCCMCARCCUCUACAGAGGCAGCUGUCCAGUUACAGCUACCCCGGCUCYAACCACUACCCCUCCAGGUACCCCUCGGAACGCAGCGCUGUGGCUUACCUCUGAGUGUUGAGACUAAAGGGAGGGAAAGAGACUUAGUGUUUUAAUACAGACUGGAGAAACUGACGUGUUCUCAUGGGGUACGGUUUGAGAGAAGCCUUUUAGUUGUUAAAAGAUGCAUAUCAGCAWAAAGUAAGAGACUAAAUGAUUGUAAUACACUGUGAAACUCACAAAGAGAGGAUUAAUUGUAAAAGUAUCAUAAGAUGCAUUUCGGUUGAGAAGAAAAAAAACGUGUCUAUCGGAUUUGUUUGUAAGAAAGCUGUUUAAAGAUACUAAAUACACUUAUAAUAGAUUAACUGUGAACUCAGAAAGAGAAUACUUUGAGGGAACCUUAAUCC